CCCACUUUUUUUAUCCCUUUUAUUUUUGUUAAAAAUGGCCAAAGCCGCAGUCAAGGACACCAAGAAGAAUACCAAGGUUACUGCCAAGCCUGUGAAGAAGGUCGUCGAGGAGAAGCCUGUGGCCAAGAAGGAAGAAGAAGAAGAGGUUGCCAGCAGUGAAUCCGAGGCCGGUUCCGAUGACAGCUCGGAUGAGGAAGGUGAAGAUGCUGUGAUGAAGGAAGAUUCCGCUGACGAGGAUGAAUCCUCUGAAGCCUCCUCGGAGGAAGAUGAAGAAUCUGACGAAGAAGAGACCACUGCUGAAAAGCGCAAGGCCGAGGAUGAUGAUGAUGAGGAGGAAGAACGUCCCAAGAAGAAUGUCAAGGUCGUCAAGAACCCUCCCCCUCAGCCUACCUUUGGUUCUGAUGCUUUCACCAUCUGGAUUGGUCAACUCAACUACGAUGUGACCGAAGAAGAAUUGAAGGAACAUUUCGCUGACUGUGGUGAAAUCUCUGGCGUUCGUUUCCGAUUUGAUCCCAUCACCAAGAAGAACAAGGGCUUUGCUUACCUCGACUUUGCCACUGAAGAUGCUUUGAACAAGGCUUUGGAGAAGCAAGGUACUGAAUUGCUUGGUCGCAGCAUCAACGUCGAUAAGGCCCAGCCUGCUCAGCCCCGCAAGUUGACCACCGAAUUUGGUCCCAAGACAAACACCGUUUUCAUUGCCAACUUGUCCCAUGAGGUCGAUGAAGAUAUCGUCCGUGAAGCUUUCAGCGAAUUCGGUACCAUCAACGAAGUGCGUCUCCCUACCAACCGUGAAACUGGUCAAAUCCGUGGUAUUGGUUACAUUCAGUUUGCCUCCGAAGACGAGGCCGAAAAGGCUGUCAAGGACAUGAACGGUGCUCUUCUCAACGGCCGUCCUCUCCGUACCGAUUUCAGUGGUGAUAACGAUUCUGAACGCGCUGCCAAGCGUCGUGACGAAUUCUUCGCUGGUCGUGGUGGUCGCGGUGGCAGCCGUGGUGGUUUCCGUGGCGGUCGCGGUGGAGGUUUCCGUGGUGGCCGUGGUGGAGGAUUCCGCGGUGGUCGUGGUGGUCGCGGUGGUAACCGUGGUGGUUUCCGUGGUGGCCGUGGUGGUAGCUAUUAAGCAUGUACUUUCUUGCCUCUGUCAUCCCCCCCCCUUCUAUGUUCUUUUUUUUUCAUCUCAUUCUUUUAGAUAACAUUUCUUUUCUAUGAUCAUUGUCAUCGCAUUAAAUUUCUGUAUCAUUUGCAACAACUAUUCAAAAUAUUAUGUGUUUUUACUCUCAUGUCAUUUCUAAAAGUCUUAUUUUGUUUGUGUGAAUGGAUGUAGUCAUCCAAUCGUAUCUAUCAACUGAAUCGUUGCCUUGACAUGUUAUAUGCAAAUCUGAAAG